AUGGCUGGCUGGCUGGACUUGUUACAGUGUCACAUCCUCCCCGCCAGCUGCAGCACCAACUUCCCCCAGCUAGUCUCCUCCUGCCCGGGGCUGCUGCAAAGUGAUGGGAUAGAGCAAAGCCACUCCAGCACCUGGGCUCCUAUUUAUUACAGUCUGUCUCCCUGUCCUAUUCCUUGGUUGUUCUUCUUCCUCUCUUCCUUUUCCCUUCUUUAUUUUAUUCCUCCCUUCCCCCUUGUCUUGGAGCCUAGAUUUGUUGAGUUCUUCUGGAAAGGAUAUAUGUUGGGGAAAGGAGGAAAGCGGAAGUUUGACGAGCAUGAAGAUGGGCUGGAAGGCAAAGUGGUGUCUCCUACUGACGGUCCAUCUAAGGUGUCUUACACCUUACAGCGCCAGACUAUCUUCAACAUUUCCCUUAUGAAACUUUAUAACCACAGGCCAUUAACAGAGCCAAGCUUGCAAAAGACAGUUUUAAUUAACAACAUGCUGAGGCGAAUCCAGGAGGAACUCAAACAAGAAGGCAGCUUGAGGCCUGUGUUCAUCACCACUUCACAGCCUACUGACCCUCUGGGUGACAGCUUUCGAGAGGCUCAGCCUGCUUUCAGUCAUCUUGCCUCUCAGCCAGUUCACCCCACUGACUUAGUAAGCACUACACCAUUAGAGUCUUGCCUCACCCCAGCCUCUUUGCUUGAGGAUGACACUUUUUGCACUUCCCAGACUGUCCAACAUGAUGGUCCUACAAAACUACCACCUCCAGCUGUCCAACCGGUAAAAGACAGUUUCUCCUCGGCCUUGGACGAAAUUGAGGAGCUCUGUCCAACACCUACCUCUACCGAGGCAGUAGUAGUAGCAACAGAAGCAGCAGCAACAACGGAUGACUCUAAAGAUAACUCCAGUGAGUCUAAUGUUCAAAAGUCUGAGGGAGUCCAAGAGAGCAGAACAAGUGAAUCAAAACUCAUGGACUCUUUACCCGGCAAUUUUGAGAUAACAACUUCCACAGGUUUCCUUACAGACUUGACCUUGGAUGAUAUUCUGUUUGCUGACAUUGACACAUCUAUGUAUGAUUUUGACCCUUGCACAUCUGCUACAGGGGCUGCCUCAAAAAUGGCUCCUGUCUCAGCAGAUGAUCUCCUAAAAACUCUUGCCCCCUAUAGUAGUCAACCAGUAACCCCAAAUCAGCCUUUCAAAAUGGACCUCACAGAACUGGAUCACAUAAUGGAGGUGCUUGUUGGGUCUUAAAGUAUAACGACUUUUUAUGUACCAGUAUAUACACUUGGUAGUAUUUUCACAACCCUUCCCUCCCUCCCCGCCCCUCCAAAUUCACAGCACUGUGCAUGCGUCCUUGCUUGCCUUUUUUUAAAAGAAAAGGAUCACACUAGUUUUUGCUUCAAGCAGAGUUGGAGUGCCUUCAUCCAUGUAUGACCACUUUCAAUGUAUUUUUUUAAAGUGGUUCCUCAAGGAAGACCUAAUACCCUGGUAUAGGAAAGAAUACAUAUUGUAGACAAUAUUACUAUGAUAUUACGACAAAAAAAUUGAAUUGUAAAAGCUAAGCACAAGGAUUAUGUUGGGGAAAGCUGUACAUUUGCAUGUGCAUAUUUGUCUAUUUUUUCUAUAAGUUUUAUUGCAAGAGGUAAAAAAUUUAUUAUUUAGAUAAUCUCAGUACCUUUUUGGCAUUUUAGCCCUGUAUAGGUUGACUUAGCAAUUCAGCCCUUUGGAGGCAUUAACUAGUCUUCUUCAAGUGUUGCAUUUACAUGGCUGUUUAGAAACUGCUGCCCAAAUUUAUUUUAUAUUUUUGUACAGAUUCUGCAGUUUAUUAUAUUGUUUUUUCUAAAAACAAAUGCUGUUUAUACACACAAAAAAUAGCUAUUUUGAUAGGGUUUGCUCACAUAGUUCCUGCAUAAUUGAUGUACAAGAACCACUUGUACUUUUAUACAGAGUUGUAAUGUUUUAUAUGUGUAUGGUGCAAAGAGAAAAAUGGAUCAAAUAAAUCUGCAGUUAGGUC